AUGUCCAAGAGACAAUCAGGUAGCCAAAUUACAAGAGACCAUAUCGGUGAAGAGAGGUCAGAUGAUGAGGAGCCAAAGGAUUUUGGCAUUGCCAGCUCGCAAGUGAUGAGCAAGAGAAAAAUUGCAAUGCCCAAGCGUAAGAUGACAUUUACUGCACCACAAACGAAUGCCAAGGAAUCAAGUAUGGCAAGUGUAUUUGCCAAUAAUAAGCCACAAGCAAACAGAGAAGAUGAUAAUGAAAAAGCUUUGAAAUUGAAAGCAUUGAACUCACAGUUUAGUGGAAAGAUAAUUAAAUGCAUAAAGGAUGAUCCAUGUUGUAAUUUGACUCCAUUAUUUGAAAAAUAUAAAAAUUACAUUGAUUCAAUUGAUAAAGUGGCUGAUGUUAAAACCAGUGAGACUAAACCUGCAACUUCUAGUUUCACAUUUGGAAUUCAGGCUAAAAUCCCUGUUUCACAACCAAAACAGUUUGCAUUUGGCUCACUGACCUCUAAACCGGUAGAAAACGAUGACGUUGCUACAAAAUCUCAUUCAUCUGAGGAAGAAGAUGUUGAGAAUGAAGAAGAGGAACAAGACGAACAAGACGAAGAAGAGAAAAAAGAAAUUAAAAUUCAAGGACCAACUUUUACUUUAUCAUCUAAUCCAAUUGUAAAGGAUUCAACUUUUACUUUUGGUUCUGAUUUGUCUAAAAAACAAGCAGAGGAAAAAGAUAGUGAUAGCGAAAGUGAAGUUGAAAUUAAAGGUCCUCAGUUUAAAUUCAGUGGUACUGUCAAGAGUGAUGUCUUUAAGUUACCUUCGAAAAAUGGUUCUGAUGAAAAAGAAUCAAUACCUAUAACGGAAGAAAAAAAUGAACCUAAACAAAAACCCUCUACUCCUUUCCAAUUUGGUUUAAAAUCUACUACAAAUGAUAAAUCAGAAACUCCGAAAACUGAAAACCCGUUCACAUUCGGUAAGUCUACAGUCUCAGCCACAUCGACAACGGAUUCAGGAUCUAAACCAGUUCCUUCUUUUUCAUUUGGUGCCAAGAAAGAUGAAGUAAAAGAGACCAGUCCAGUUGAAACUCCAAAGUUUUCUUUUGGUACAACUACUAAAUCUGGUCCAACUACAACUCCAUCAUUUUCUUUUGGUAAUUCUGAGAAGAAAGAUAACGCUGAUGAUCGUGAGAAUAAUAAUACAGCCAAACCAUCACAAGGUUUUUCAUUUAGUUUACCUUCCUCCUCGAAUACUUCUGAAACAAAGGAAGAAUCCAACCCUGUAGCUUCUCAAGAUAAGCCAGCUAAUGGUGGAUUUUCAUUUAAGAUUCCAGACUCUGCAUCAAAAACUGAGGAAUCAGGAAAGAAGUUUUCAUUUUCAUUCGGUUCUAACCCAUCCCAGGAAUCUAGCAAUGAAGAAAAAAAACCAGCUUUCACAUUUGGCACAUCCACAGCUACUGAAGAGAAAAAGGAAACUAUGAAACCUGCUUUUUCUUUUGGCCAAUCGAAUUCUUCUAUGCCAUCCUUCUCUUUUGGUAAACCAACCACUCCUCUUUCAAAUACUUCAAAUGCUGAAACACCUGCAGGAGCCUCAGAUUCAGCUGGAUUUAAAUUUUCAUUACCUUUCGAACAGAAGUCAACACCAACUAAAGACGUUGAUGACGCCACUGAGGAAAAACCUACAUCAGCUACUAAUGAUAAUGCUACAAAUGGCGAUGGCAUAUCAAAUUCUGUUUCAUCUGUAAAUGGGGAAGAGGAUGAAGAAGUGAUAUUCAAACAAAAAUCAAAAUUAAUGGUCUUUAAUCCAGAAACUAAAGGUUAUGAUUCAAAAGGUGUUGGUGAAAUGAAGUUAUUACAACAAAAUAAUGAUAAAUCCAAGAUAAGAUUGUUAUGUAGAUCAGACGGUAUGGGACAUAUCCUUCUAAACGCAACGAUCGUUAAGAGUUUUGCCUACACACCAUUAACGCCGGAAAAGGAUAAUUUUGUUAAAGUUCCAACAGUUGGUCCAGAUGGCAAACUAAUAACGUAUAUUGUCCAAUACAAGCAAAAAUCAGACGGUCGUCAAUUUAUUAAAUCUAUUGAAGAUGCAAAAAAGGAUAUGUAA